AUGUCUGCUGAAGAUCUCUUGAACGAUACUUUCAAUGUCCUUGAAGAGGAAACCAUGAAGGCUGUUGAGCAAGUUCAAGCUUACCAACGCAAACUCAUGGAUCCUAUCUAUCACAAACGUCGUGAAUUGGUCAAGAAAAUUCCUGGUUUCUGGGGUACAGCUAUUGGAAACUCUCCCAUGUUUGCCAUCAAUCCCUCUGACAAUGACUUGGAGGCCUUGGAUAACUUGACUGAUUUCCAUGUCGAAUACGACCAUGAUAAGCCUGAUUACCGCAAGGUGAUUGCUACCUUUAAGAAGAACGGCGUCUUCAAGAACGAAACCUUGACCAAGGAAAUUUCUGUUGAUCCUGAGAACGGCGGUGCCACUAUCAGCAAAACCACCAUUGAAUAUCACGAGAAUAAGGCUCCCAAUAACAAGCGUAAGGCAAAGGAUGAGGACGAAGAUGAAGAUGACUUUAACGUCUCCUUUGUUGACUGGUUUGGUGAUGAUGAUGUCCGUACUGGUAUCAUCCUUGCUGACGAUAUCUUCCCCAGUGCCAUCGAAUAUUAUCAAGGUCCUGGCGAUUCUGAAGAUGAUGAGGAUGAGAAUGGUGAAAUUGAUCUGGAUGCCGAGUCUGAUGAAGAUGAGGAGGAGGAAGAUGAGAAGCCCAAGUCCAAGAAGUCCAGAAAGUAA